AUGUCAGUCAUACCAAAGGAAACUCCCCAGCGGAAAAAACGGAAAUCAGAGGCUAAAGGAACAAAUGACCAGGUUGACAUGUUGGCUCUUGGGACAGCAGUUGGUAGCAUCUUAUUAUACAGCACAGUAAAAGGAGAGUUACACAGUAAACUAAUAAGUGGUGGGCAUGAAAACAAAGUCAAUUGCAUACAGUGGCACCAAGACAAUGGCUGUUUGUAUAGUUGUUCAGAUGACAAGUAUAUUGUGGAGUGGAAUACACAGACGUGCAAAGUGAAAUGCAAAUGGAAAGGUGAUAACAGCAGUGUCAGUUCCCUGUGUAUCAGCCCAGAUGGAAAGAUGUUGCUUUCUGCUGGUCGAACAAUCAAGCUGUGGGUUUUGGAGACCAAAGAAGUUUACAGACACUUCACAGGCCAUGCGACACCAGUCUCGUCACUUAUGUUCACUACUAUCAGACCUCCUAAUGAGAGCCAACCCUUUGAUGGAAUUACAGGUCUUUAUUUCUUAUCUGGAGCAGUCCAUGACCGGUUACUGAAUGUCUGGCAGGUCCGGUCAGAGAACAAAGAAAAGAGCGCAGUGAUGUCUUUUACAGUUACAGAUGAACCGGUCUAUAUUGACCUGACUUUGUCAGAAAACAAAGAAGAGGCUUUAAACUCCAAAGAACCUCAUAUUUGUUUGAUACGAGAUCUUUCAAAUUGCUGGGCCCCCAAAGUGGAAACUGCUAUAACAAAAGCCCCUGGAUGUUCCAGCUUGGAUCCCUCUGGACUCCUGAGGACUGUACCCCAGACCAUCAAGGAGCUGCCGCCCCCUCUGGACGACCUCCCAGGCACCCUUUCCACCUGGGGCAUGGGCACUCGUGACGAUGUUCCUUCAGGCUUCAAGACCAAAGACUGA